AUGAACGUCAACCCAUACGACCUCACUCACAGCGUCGCCACCUUCUACAACUGCUACCUCUGUGGCUCCAAAAUAGCCCUCGCCGCCAUCAACCUCCGCGGGGAGGGCUGGAAGGCCGUUGCCCAGGAACUCAAGCAUCCAUCGCCAUCUCAGGCCCGCGUGCCGCAGCCGCUCGUCCAGCCGGGAUUCUGUUCACACGCCUUCGAGGCCGACCAAGAAGCCAGAGUUGUCCACGCCGCAUGCUGGGGCGUCGUCGUCAAGCUAUGGGGCAAGACGGUCUUCACCAUGGCCGAACUCGACGGCUUCCUGGACUGCGCCCGAAACGUGUCGCCCUUCCUGCCGGAAAUUCCCUUCAAGGAAACCCCCGAGCAGCUCGACAUCACCAUCGACCACCGUCUCGACGCCAGUGACCUGGACUACGAGCCUGGCAACCCGCCAAACGACACCCUGCGGUACUGGGAGGCUCUUCAAACCGGCAUCGCAGACGAGGGCAUAAUCCCCCCUUCCCUCCUCUCCGUCAGCAGCCACGAGCUGCCUCCCCAACUGGAAAGCUUCGUCGCCCACGCUCUCUACCACGCAACCCAGGUCCGCAAGAGCCCUGAUGCAAACACCCGCUUCUGGGCCGAGGUCAUUGGCAUGCUCGCAAACUCGCCGGCGGCUCAGUUCUCCAUCGACGAGCCGAAUCGCGCAUCACGCAUCGCCCAGGCCGUCAGGAACCUGCGUCUCGGGGGACCCAACCGCUUCCCGCACACGGCCAACUUCGACACGGUCCGCGCCAACGCCCUCACCAUCCUCGUCACCCUGAUACCCAUCCCCGUGGAAGACGUGGCCACCGCAGGCGCCAAGGACGGCAAACGGGCCCGGCUAGAGCGGCCGCGCUCCAUACCGCUGGCCGACAUCAAGCCCCAGGUGCCCUUCCGGCUCAACUUCUACACCAUACGCAGGAAGUACGUCGUCGACAACGACAUCGACAACGACCGCGGGUACACCCUCGGCAUGAAAUACCUGCGCACCAUUGAGUUCGACGACACCCGCGGCGCCGCCACAGACCUGGUGCCCACGAUACACGCCCUCUGCGGCGUGAGGCUCAUCAGAGACAAGAUUGGCGUGCUGGCAGUCCACGCAAAGGACGGCCCAAACUGGCUGGGCAUCUGGCAGCAAGACCCCUCAAUACAGCUCUCGCCCGAGAUGGCCCUCAAGCCCACGAGCUCAGAGUGGCCCACCGGCUUUGCGCAGGGCUCGCUCGUUGUCGUUGCCGAUACGACCAAGGAUAUUGCUGUUUCCGACCAGCAUUCGCACUACCUCGCCGAAACAGGACUCACAUAG